AUGGCUGUUGUCAAUCCUGAAACUGUUCCUCUUAAUACCGAAUCAGUUCUCAACAUUAACAUGUCUCAUGUUACUCGUCUUACCAGCUCCAACUACCUCAUGUGGAGUCUUCAAGUCCGUUCGUUUCUUGACGGUCAUGGCCUCUCCGGUCACCUUGAUGCUGCUGCUACUGUCCCUGCUGCUACCAUCGCUGGACAGCCAAAUCCUAACUUCGUCAAGUGGAGUCGUCAGGACAAUCUCAUCUACAGUGCCUUGAUUGGCACAAUUACGGUCACCCUUCAACCCCUUGUCUCCCGCACCACCACCGCGUCCCAGAUCUGGACCAAGCUUGCCUCCACCUAUGCGAAACCCAGUCGUGGGCACAUCAAACAACUGAAGACUCAACUCAAAAACUUUACCAAGGGGCCAAAAUCCAUUGAUGAAUAUGUUCAGGGCGUCACCAACCGCCUUGAUCAACUUGCGAUUCUCGGUAAGUCGUACGAUCAUGAAGAUGCCAUUGAACUCAUCCUUGAUGGUCUCCCGGAAGACUACAAAACGGUGGUCGAUCAGAUUGAAGGGAAAGACACACCUCCCUCUCUGACUGAAGUUCAUGAACGCCUCCUCAAUCAAGAAGCCAAGUUACUCAGUGUUGUCUCCACCACAGCCCAACACUCUGUUUUUUCCGAUCUCCGCCAACAACGUUCAACAACGCAACAAUAA